UGCAGACACAGGCCUUCUGUGGCAACCAGUGGCUCCUCGUGCAGCGGAUUGUCUCCAUGGCUACGGCCGCUGAAGCAUGGUGAACAACAUGACAUUUAACAGUGCGAGAGAAGCACAGGACUACGUUUCCAGCCACCCAGAGAUCGCCGAGAUCGCUCGACAAAUUCCAUUUCUUGAUUCUGCAACGGUGACAUCAAGAAUUUACUCUGUGCGCUACUUCCUCAAACGAAAAGGCUUCGACAUCAUGAAACCUUGUUCCAGAAAUGAUGAGGCAGGGUGCUGGCUGCUCGAGCACCUGACACUGUGCAAUAGAGUCUUGUACUCCGUCGAUGUUCAGCUCCACGAAAGUAAACCAGGAGAGUUGAAUUUCUCCCCAACAGGGUCAAGGGGCGACAUCUUCUCCGAAGUUGCUGUGCUGGACUCUCUGUUCCUGAUCUGCUGGCUCGUGAAACAACACCCAUGCAUACAAGCAAUAGACCUGCACGGGACACGCCUAUUUCUCCACUUCCCGACGGCCCUUAAACUUGCCCUUGCACACGGCUCGAACAUUAGAAGCGUCAAAGUAGGCACCCCAGAUCCAACCGCGCAGCACAACGUGUUUCUUAAGGGCAUCAGGCCCGACACCAUGCUAGAGCAUUUUGAAGCACGCGACCUCAAGCUCGAUAUGGAGUCCGCGUCGCGACUCUCCGAAGGACUCAAGAGGUCACCGCAGUUGAAAUCUAUUGUGCUAGACCACAGUGGCCUCAGCAAAAAGGGAAUGAAGCUUGUGUUGAAGGCACUUCAGCAGUGCAAUCACUUGACGUCUCUGCAUAUCUGUCAUUACAGCUUGAAGGAAGGUGCUGCUGUGCAUCUGGCAGAAAUUGUAAAACGCAGCAUGUACCUGAAGGACCUCUUUCUCUAUCACAUACCUGACGAUGUAUUGGAAAUUAUCGCGAUUGCGCUCAGAGAGAACGGUUCGAUCGAGAAUUUGAAAAUAAAUGAAUCUAAUGAUAGUGCCCGUAGUAUGCCGCACAUUUCUCAUGCCUUGAAGACGAACGGGACAAUAAGAACACUCGAGCUUAAUGAUUGUGGUAUGGAGGAAAGUGACGCGGCUGUGUUUGCUCAGGCUCUAAAAGUGAACGUUACUCUCCAGAGGCUACAACUUCGAGGGAGCAGGUUCAGAGACGCUGGUGCAAGACAUCUAGCAGAAGCUCUGGAGUCAAACCAGACGCUUCGUGAGCUCGAUAUCUCCUGGAACCACCUUACAGAAGCGACCGUGGUACAGUUUGUGAAGACCCUUACAGUGAACACUUCACUGGAAGUAGUGCGUCUUGGAAUGAUUGAUUUUGUUGACGAAGUUGAUGAAGAGAUUGCUCAGGUUAUCAGAGGCCACGAGUGCUGCCACAGAAUCUGUACAACGUGGAACAUCCUCACGCUCAACGAGUUGGCACGUCUCAUUUCACUCAACUACGACGACGUGAAAAAGAUCCACAUUUUUUGCGCUGAGGAGACCCCUAUAUUACAGGUGAUCUCAGCACUAGAAUCAAACUGUCACAUCACGGAAGUGCACAUCGAAACAGCUGAUGGUGAGACAGCCGGAGGACAGAUGGUUAAAGAUCUUGCACAACUUAUCAAAAAGACAAGGUCCCUGAAGUUUAUCCGCUGCACAUGCCCUUUUGAUGUUGACGGUGAUUUUGAUGGUGAAGAUGAGGAUGUUUUUGCUACUUUCAUCAAAGGCCUUACAAACAACGACACGAUCAACCGUGUCGAGCUGGAGUCCGCACGUUUCACUAUGGAAGUCGCCCGAGCGUUCUCGGCCAUGCUCGAAGCGAACACGACACUGUACGCUUUUGUCACACAGAUGUCUUAUUUUGACGCAGGGGCACUCAAGGUGAUUGCGAGGCAUUUGACCAAGAACUACACGCUCCGCACAUUCUGUGUGGGUUCGGAGGGUUAUAGCUCACGAGUGCAUUGCGAGAUUUUCAACGUGCUCCGGAGAAAUGAGCAGCUCCUGAAUCGUGCUACGAGGUUUGCCCUGGGUACCUGCAGGGACUGUGACUGUAGAGAAGCAUUUCGGAUACUCUGGAGGUGCGAUUCUGUGGUGCAGCAGGUUAAGUGUGUCACAGAGUGUACGGAAGAAGACGCGAGGCAGUGUGUAGAAGCUGCGAAAUUGUUGUUUUUAUAGACAGG